GGCCGUGUGUUGCGUAAGCGUAUUUUCACCGUCGCAGCUGUAGUUGUCGAAAAUCAAACGAAACACUCUCUUACGCACGCGACCGGUGUGGCGCGAUWUCGUGUGUACCGUCCACGGCGCACGCCACCUCCAGCGGCCCAGUCAGCGCGUGACAGCGUCGAAUCGACACACGGCCGAUCGUGCUUCGACGACGAGUGUUUUCCGCGAUAGUAAUUCGUCGUCGUCGUCGUCGCCGAAAUUUGUACAACUUUUUGAACGGCGAUUAGAUCGUAAAUCGCUCGGCUAUUAAUAAUUUAAUCAUCGUUGUAUAGUAGCUCCGUCGUUUCACACUUGCGGUUUUUGACGCGAAUACGCCACGGAGAAUGGACGAGCGACACACAWCAUCGGAUGGAAUCACGAAUCACGAUUUUGAUAAACUGAUAACGACACGGUGCUGUUGAUAACGAAAAGUUAUAUUAUUAUUAUUUUUUCGAUGAUAGCCUAACCACUACUCAACUACAACUACUUGGUCGACUCUCGAUUUCUAUUGCGCAAAGUCGAUACUCGAUACUGCUGGUACGAUCAACAUGAAAAUGAUUUAACGUCGAGUCGUCAAAUCCUUAACCGCGACCAUUUUGCGAAAAUAUCGUUUUUUUUCUGUCCCUCUACUCCCUUUUGGUCACGCAGUCGUGAACCACACAACUUCGUCYAGUAUUCGAUCAGCCACACUUUGGUCCUCGACAACUUUCAAGACGUUGUAGGUUGUACUUGAAGGCGGCUGUCCGCCUGCCCAAGUGCACAAMGCACGAUUUUAUGCACUUAGAUCGUAGAAAUUAACGGUCCCUGUCGUCAUAAUCGUUAUGAGUACGACAUAUUACGAUCCGGACGGUUUGCAGAGCGUCAAACGCAGACGUUCCACUAACUUCCGCGACACGUAUUUGCGUAAUCGCGAGUACGGGUUCCGGCCUAAGUAUGGCGACCAAAGUCGUUUGCACUGCGAAAUGUACACGUCCAUAUAUCCCAUCGCCAAAUGGGAAUACGACGUUUCAAACAAUGACAUCACCAAUCCGGCUGGUAUAUUCAAUUUGGAAUUCUCCCCAGACGGGAAAAUAUUGGCAGCAGCAUGUGAAAAGAAAAGCAUUAUGUUAUUCGAUCCUGUAACUCAAAAGUAUAUUACAUCAAUAAAAAAAGCACAUAAUGAUUGUGUUAAUUGUAUAAAGUUUUUGGAUUCUCGAAUGUUUGCAACUUGUAGUGAUGACACAACAAUAGCAUUAUGGGAUGUUCGGAAUCUUAAAGAUAACAUAAGAGUAUUGAGAGGACAUUGCAAUUGGGUAAAAAGUAUUGAAUAUUCAGCAAAAGACAAUUUACUUGUUUCUAGUGGAUUUGAUGGCCAAAUUUACACAUGGGAUAUUAAUAGUUUUUCAGAAGAAGGAAGAGUUCCCAGUAAUUCUGUAUGUCACAUUAACGGACUUAUGCGUAUUAAACUUCUACCUGACUCUAGUAAAUUAAUUGUCUGCACAACAAGUGGCUUCAUAUUACUUAUAAACAAUUUAGACUUGGAUACACUUGGUGCAGAUAUUCAAGGAUUCAAACCAAAUAUGUACCGUUUGAUGCAGUUGAGUAAAACUACCAUUCCUAAUGCAGCUGCCCACACUCAUAUGUUCACUCGUAAACGAAACCGUGUUGAAUUCAUUGUAGAUUUCCCUAGAAAUGAUGAUGCUGAAAUAAUAUCUUCUAUUCAGGUGCAUCCACAAGGUUGGAAUGUAUUAAGUCGAAAUGUUACCACAGAUGAACAAUCUGAAUGGACUUGUGUACAUGACAUACAAGAUUUUGUCGUUCCUAAACAACAAGAUGAACCUGAAGAAAUGAGUUCUGAAGAAGCAAACUCAUUGGAACAUUCCUUAGCUGAUGACCCAAUGGAAGGAAGACUUCACCGACGGACACAUGUUGUGAUUCCUCGAGAUAUAAGUGUUGGUAUAAGUAGUAUGAUACCAUUUUCUGUGUUAGGCCCAACAAGAGGCAACCGUCAAGCUGACUUAUGGGAAGCAAUGAUGAAUGUCAAUAGUGGGAAUCGUAUAAGAAGUUUAAGAUACUUAUCAGAAGGUCGAGAGCGAAUAUUAGGUACAUAUUCUGGUGUACGGAUUGUACGCAGUGCAACUGGAUUACAAGAUCAAGACCAAGAUGACAUAGAGGAAAUGAUAGCAGAUGAUGAUACGGCUUCCGAACGAUUAGUCACAGUAUUAUUUAAUCGAAAUAGUAAUCGUGUACCUGACAUCAGAAUGCGUGGUUAUCUCCCCCCAAAUUCUAGAAUUGAUAUUACUCGGCCAAGUAGGCGUAGUACUGUGGAAGUAGGAAGUGCCACAGAAACAAUGUUGUUUKUCAAUAGGCAACGCCAUAACAACCAUGUUUUGAAUUGUAUGAAUAGGUUUCAGGUGCCCCUUAAUCAUAAAAUUCAUAAAAAUUUUAACCGUCUUACACAUUUUAUUGAAGAGGCAAAUGUGGGUAGAGGGUAUAUCAAAGAAUUAUGCUAUUCUAGCGAUGGACGUAUAAUAUGCUCGCCCUUUAGUCAUGGAGUAAGAUUGUUAUCAUUUUCACCUAACUGUGAUGAAUUGUCUACUUUGCUUCCAAAAUUGCCUGGUGUGAAACUUCACGAGAUUGGUACAAAUGUGUCUCACUCUAACAUUGUACUCUGUACCAAAUUCUCACCUGUCCACCCUCUGCUUGUAUCUGGUUGUUUAGCCGGGCGAAUCGUUUGGUAUCAACCGAGACUAUAAUACUUAAUGACUCUACUAUUGUAUGUAUGUAAUGUUUUUUUAUUUAUAGUACAUUUUUUUUGUUUUUUUCAAACUUUAAAAUUAAAUGCCACUCUAURUCAAAAACAUAGUAAGACAACAUAUCUUCUCAUAUAUAAAUAUGUUACUUGUAUUGAAUAUGCCAAUGAUUAUAUUCAUAAAGAAUGCUUAAGGUCUAGUGCACACCAAAUGAGUUAAGUUUUUUUCGUACUGAUGUAAUGAAUUAUAUUAUUCAAAGUUAGUCACUUGUACGCGAAAGAUGUAGGUAUGCUCAAUAAUUUUGUCUUUUUUUCAAGUUUUACUGACAACAAUGAAACAUAAUUUCUUUAUCUAGACAAUUUUUAACUGUUAAUGUAUAUUAGUACAUAAUCUUUUUCAUAYUACUAGACCUUUAAAACUAUCAGUGACUCUUUUGUAGUGCAUUAAAAAUUUCAGUUCUAAUAAAACUUAGCAAGUCGAUACAAUAAGCAUUAUUAAAUAUUUUAAUGAGUGAACUGUUUGUCUACCAAACCGAUUGGUAUUUUGAAAAGUUUGAAAACAUUAUAACAGAAUGAACGGAAUUUAUGGGACUUCAACAAUAUUCGAUUAUUGUGAUAAAUGUUAUUAAUUCUCACAAUUUGUUUUGAUAGCACGUUUAACAACAAUUGAUAAAUUACUAAUGUUGAUACCAUGAUAAAAAUAAAAAAACUAGUUGAUUAAAACAACUACAGCCUAUUCUGUUACUGUUAAUAAUCUCGGGUAAGUGCAUUCUAGCUUUGUCUAAUUAUUAUAAGGUGCCUUAAGAAAUAAUUUUUGUUUCAUCAAAAUAAUAAAAUAUAAUGUUAUCAAUGCUUACAAUUAAGACGUUUUUGCUAGGUUUUCUCUGUAACAUAAUAUUCUUUCAAUAAUUAUGUAAAUUAUUAUUAUUAUUUGUUUUUCAUUAUAAUUACCUCAUGUUAAUGUAUAUAGGG